CCGACCCGACCGGCCGAUCCCCGUCCCUGCAUCCGGUAGGGCAAUGGUCGUGCUCGCGGUGCCCGCUGAAGUCACCGUGAUCCUGUUAGAUCUCGAAGGUACCACAACCCCGAUUGCUUUCGUGCAGGACAUUUUAUUUCCUUACAUCAAAGAAAAUGUGAAAGAGUAUCUGCAGACACAUUGGGAAGAAGAGGAAUGCCAGCAGGAUGUCAAUCUUUUGAGGAAACAGGCUGAAGAGGACUCUCACUUGGAUGGUGUGGUACCAAUCCCAGCAACAUGUGGUAAUGGAGUCGAUGGUUUGCAGCAGAUGAUCCAGGCCGUGGUGGAUAAUGUUUGCUGGCAAAUGUCCCUGGACCGAAAAAGCACAGCACUGAAACAACUCCAGGGCCACAUGUGGAGAGUGGCUUUCAAGGCUGGCCAUGUGAAAGGAGAGUUCUUUGAAGAUGUAAUUCCAGCAGUCAAGAAAUGGCGAGAGGCAGGAAUGAAGGUUUAUAUCUAUUCUUCAGGGAGUGUAGAGGCACAGAAAUUAUUAUUUGGACAUUCAACGGAGGGUGAUAUUCUUGAGCUUGUUGAUGGUCACUUUGAUACCAAGAUUGGACACAAAGUAGAGAGUGAGAGUUACCGAAAGAUUGCCAGCAGCAUUGGUUGCUUGACCAACAACAUCUUGUUUCUGACAGAUGUCACUGUAGAGGCCAGUGCUGCUGAAGAAGCGAAUGUGCAUGUUGCUGUGGUGGUGAGACCAGGCAAUGCGGGACUGACAGAUGAUGAAAAGACUUACUACAGUCUCAUCACAUCCUUCAGCGAACUAUCCCUGUCUUCCUCCACCUAGAGGGGGCUUCUCAACCUCCACUGAUUGUCCCCAUAGAGCUGUCCAUGUGAUCUAGUUUUAUUCUAAUGGUGAAAAUAGCUUACUUAAAAAUUUUAGAUACACACACAUAUGUAUCCAAGUAUAUGUCUGUGUACCUAUGUAUGUGUGUUGUUCACAUUGCCUUUCAAAGUCACAUAAAUGAGGAAAAAACAAUCUCCGUUCAUUGAAGAGGACGUUUAUUUAAAGAUGCUUUAUAUGUAAAAAAAUGUUUGACGCUACAACCCUAAUGCUAUUUUGGGGCAAAAUGUAGUUCAUGGAAGAAGAUCAGAUGUCUUAUGUUUAUCAGCUUGUGUACAAAAAUUGAAAUAUGGGUUCAAGAAGUUAUUCUGAGCCUUGUUGAAAAAACUGAAAGUUUUUCAGUUUUAUUUCUAAUAAUAAUUCAUUCCCCUUUCGUGUGACUUAGAUUACAAUAGCUGAAUUUUAAAACAUUAGCCUCUUGAUAACCCAAAAACAAAGCAAUUUGUUUCUGCUCCAAUAAGAGCAAAAUUGGAAAAGGAAACUCAUUUGAGUCUUGACCGAUCAAUUGUUUGUUACUUGAGGAACUUGUUAAUCUUUGUGGUGAGGCCCUCAUAGUGGGCAUUGCCUUACCCAUGGAGAGAGGUGUCCAGUGUAACAGUUAGAAUAGAAAUAUGCUUCUUAGGGUAAACAAAUGUCCUAAUUCUGCCAGUUGGCAUAAUAGACAUAAUAGUUGCCUUUUUUAAUUACUUAGCACAGUUUCAGAAUUAUGUUACUUACUAUUUAAUAUCAGAAGAAAAUUUUGUUGAAAUGAGUCCAAAAGAUCUAGAAAAAUGCUAAUAUGUAAUAUUUUCUUCUGAAAUGAAUUUGAGAAAUGUAAAUUUUAUAUCAUUAUUUAUCCUUGUCUGAAUCUGAUAAAAUCAAUUUUAUGUGAUUAAUAAAACAUUUUCUUCUC